AUGGGGGCUUCGGUUAACCUCGACCUGCAGCGCCAGCUCUUCGCCCGCAGCGAGCGAGUGAAGGGCAUCGAUUUCCACCCUACCGAGCCAUGGAUCCUCACCACCCUCUACAGCGGCCACGUGUACAUCUGGUCAUACGAGACGCAAUCCAUCAUCAAGACUUUCGAGCUCACCGAUGUCCCUGUACGAGCCGGACGCUUCGUCGCCCGCAAGAAUUGGAUCGUAUGCGGAAGCGAUGACUUCCAACUGCGAGUCUACAACUACAACACCUCCGAGAAGAUUACCUCCUUCGAAGCACACCCAGAUUACAUUCGAGCGAUUGUGGUACACCCGAGCCAACCCUUUGUGCUCACCGCGAGUGAUGACAUGACGAUCAAGCUGUGGGAUUGGGACAAGGGCUGGAAGUGCGUCCAGGUGUUUGAGGGGCACAGUCACUAUGUCAUGGGUCUUGCGAUCAACCCUAAAGAUACCAACACGUUCGCAUCGGCAUGUCUGGAUCGGACGGUCAAGAUCUGGAGCCUGGGAUCGGGCACACCCAAUUUCACCCUGGAGGCGCACGAGACGAAGGGCGUGAACCAUGUGGAUUACUACCCGCAGUCCGACAAGCCGUACCUUCUCACAACAUCAGACGACCGGACAGUAAAGAUUUGGGACUACACAACCAAGGCAUUGAUUGCGACAUUGGAGGGCCACACUUCUAACGUGUCUUUUGCUUGCUACCACCCGGAACUGCCUGUGAUCAUCUCUGGAUCGGAAGAUGGCACAGUCAAGAUCUGGCACGCGAACACAUACCGUCUUGAACAAUCUCUUUCAUAUGGCCUGGAGCGAGCCUGGUGUGUUUCCUAUCAGCGUGGCAGACAGGGGAUUGCGAUGGGUUUCGACGAUGGUGCAGUAGUCGUGAAAAUGGGUCGAGAGGAGCCAGCGGUCUCCAUGGAUGGCUCCGGAAAGAUCAUCUGGGCAAGGCACUCCGAGAUUCUCACCUCGGUCAUCAAGGGCGGCGACCGGACUAUCAAGGAUGGCGAAGCCAUUACUCUCCCUUCGAAGGACCUGGGAAGCACUGAGAUUUACCCACAAACGCUCAUCCACUCGCCCAAUGGCCGUUUCGUCGCUGUGUGUGGAGAUGGCGAAUACAUCAUCUAUACCGCUCUUGCCCUGCGUAAUCAGGCUUUUGGCUCCGCGCUGGAUUUCGUGUGGGCUUCGAAGGAAAACGACAAAGAUUACGCCAUUCGAGAAUCGCAAUAUUCUGUCCAAAUCUACCGAAAUUUCAAGCCCAAGUCGGGAGACGGCACCGUCAAUGUGGGAUACACCGCAGAUGGACUGAGCGGCGGUGUUCUGCUUGGUGUGAAGGGACAGGGUGGUAUCGGUUUCUUCGAUUGGGAGAGCGGCAAGCUCGUACGCCGAAUCGAGGUCGAACCACGCAAUGUAUAUUGGUCCGAGUCAGGCGAGCUGGUCUGCUUGGCUUGCGAAGACACAUACUACGUGCUCCGAUACUCAAGAGAGCAAUACAUUGCUGCUCUUCAGUCCGGCAUCGCUGACGAGGAUGGCGUUGAGGAGGCUUUCGAGGUCGUAUGCGACAUCAACGAGAGCGUGCGCACCGGUCAGUGGGUCGGUGACUGCUUCGUCUACACGAACAGCACAAAUCGCCUGAACUACCUCGUCGGCGACCAAACAUACACCGUCUCGCACUUCGACCAACCUUACUACGUUCUCGGCUAUCUUCCAAGGGAUGGCAGAGUCUACGUCUGCGACAAGGAUGUCGCUGUCACCUCCUUUGCUCUUUCAGUAAGCGUCAUCGAGUUCCAGACUCUAGUACUGCGUGGCGAUUUGGAAGCAGCCAUGGAAAUGCUUAGCCAAGGGGAGAUUCCAGAAGACCAGAAAAACAAGAUCGCACGUUUCCUCGAAGGGCAGGGCUACAAGGAACAAGCCCUUGAGGUGUCAACGGACAGCGAGCAUCGAUUUGAACUGGCUCUUGGUCUCGGUCAGCUUGACGUGGCGCUCGAGCUAGCACGAGAGGCCGAUGUCGAGCACAAGUGGAAGACUGUAGGUGAUGCUGCCCUCACCGGCUGGGACAUCAAGCUCGCGGAAGAAUGCUUCCGCAACGGCAAGGACCUCGGUAGCUUACUACUCCUAUACACUUCAUCGUGCGAUGAGGAUGGUCUCCGGGAUCUUGCGGGAAAGGCGCAAGAAGCGGGUCAGCACAACGUAGCCUUCACCUGUUUCUGGCAACUGCGCGAUGUGGACUCGUGCCUGGAUGUUCUGCUCAAGACGAACCGAACGGCCGAGGCGGUGCUCUUUGCGCAGACGUACAAGCCCAGCCGAUGCAAAGAUAUUGCUGUGCAGUGGAAGCAAGGUCUGGAUAAAUCAGGCAAGGGCAAAGUGAGUCGACUGCUCGGAGUUCCUGGCGAGGACGAGGAGAUGUUCCCUGAAUGGCAAGAAUACUUGCGAUUGGAAAGCGAGGGCGGCUCGCACGGUGAUUUGAUCGACAUCAACGGUACCGCGGAUGACGUACCUGUAGCUGCUGAGGCCGAUGCAGCGCCUGUUGAAGCGGAGAACGGCGUGGACGAGGAAGAACAAGAGGAAGAGGCGAGUCCGCAGACCGAGACGGAAGUUUAG